GCGAGCCGGAAGGCGCUUGACAGAUCGGAGGGAGCAGGGGUCGGCCAUCGCGCUGUGCUUGUUGGAGGCUCUCGGAGGCCGAGGCCGGUAAUCGUGUUCUCCGCCGUCAGACCCUUUAAAAUUUGGAUAUGUCCUUCAUAUUCGACUGGAUUUAUAGUGGUUUCAGCAGUGUACUGCAGUUUUUAGGACUGUACAAGAAAUCUGGUAAAUUAGUAUUUCUUGGAUUGGACAAUGCUGGAAAAACAACACUACUACAUAUGUUAAAAGAUGACAGGCUUGGACAACAUGUACCUACAUUACAUCCCACAUCAGAAGAAUUGACCAUUGCUGGCAUGACUUUUACCACUUUUGAUCUGGGUGGGCAUGCUCAAGCUCGAAGAGUGUGGAAAAACUAUCUGCCUGCCAUAAAUGGCAUUGUUUUUCUGGUGGAUUGUGCAGACCAUGAACGCCUGUUAGAAUCAAAAGAAGAACUUGAUUCUCUUAUGACAGAUGAAACAAUAGCUAAUGUGCCUAUCCUAAUUCUUGGAAAUAAGAUCGACAGACCUGAAGCCAUUAGUGAAGAGCGGUUACGAGAGGUGUUUGGUCUGUAUGGUCAAACAACAGGAAAGGGAAGUGUUUCAAUGAAAGAGUUAAAUGCCAGACCUUUAGAAGUCUUCAUGUGCAGUGUGCUAAAGAGACAAGGCUAUGGUGAAGGCUUUCGUUGGGUGGCACAGUACAUCGAUUAAUGCCAAAUCCACAUCUGUCUUUGUCUGAAUACUAAGUCUGCUCAGUUAUUUGAUCACUCAGCAUACAUGACUUGAAUUCAAUAGACUUUUGUUGGUUAUAAAAGAUAAGUUUUUUAGAUCAUUAAUAUUAUAUAAACUAUUAAUUGUGAGUGUGAGGAUUGAAAACUGAUUUCAGGCAAGUUUGGAUAUCACAUUGUUAGCUUUCUAAUCCUAUAAAAUAAUUUAUGUUCUUUUACAAUUUAUAAUUUGACAUUUGCACCCGGCACCAUUUUUGGACAGAGUGACUUUCCAGUCCAGUAUGUUUGAAUGCACUUUUUAACAGUUAAAAACUACAGAUAUGUGAAUGGUAUUUAAUGCUCAUCAUGUUAAAUUUUUUAUGUACUUUUUUGGAACUGGUUUUAUAAAUUUAGACUAUAUAACCACCUGUCUUUAAGGUACAAUAAUAAUUAGCUUAUUAAUUGCAUGAUGCCUUACAGUUUUUAAUAAUAUUCUUAUGCAACGUCAUGCAAUAAAACAAAAUCUAAUUUUUGGCAUAUUUGGUGGGGAAAUGUUUCAUUUUGAUGUGUCUUAGUGAGGAUGUUCUUUGAAAAUAUAAGUGUGAUAUUUAAUGGACAAUGGGAGAUUGUUUUAGCAUACUGAUAUUAUAAAUGUUUAAGUUCCAAUGGGCUUUUGAAUUUA